AUGAGGAUUACAUCAAUUUUUAUCGUAUUAAUUUUAAUGAAAACGGCGCAUAGCCUUUCAGUGAAAAAUAUUCGAUAUAAUCGCAAAUACAAUGCAUUCCGAAGAAAAAAUUAUUUAAAUGAAAUUGAUUCUAUUGAAGGACGUUUUUUACCAUUUAUAAUGAAUAAAUUUUCAACUACUACUGGAGCACCAUCAACAAUCACUAUACCAAUUCCAUCGCCAUUACCUACAACAAUAACAAUUCCACCAAUUACACCAACAACCCCAACAACUCCUAUUAUUCCACCUAUUUUUCCACCACCUGUUCCACCGCCCGUUCCACCACCAGUACCACCACCUGUUCCACCACCUGUUCCGCCACCAGUUCCACCACCUGUUCCACCACCAGUUCCACCACCUGCCCCACCCCCUGCUCCACCUCCUGUUCCUCCACCAGCUCCACCACCUCCUCCACCCCCUGUUCCACCACCUCCUCCACCACCUCCUCCAAUUCCAACAUUUCCACCUACAACACCUAAUGGUUAA